UUCUUUUUUUUUUGGGGUGGGGGGUCAACGCCUUUGUUUUUAAGUAUAAAGAUGUUUUGUCAUAACACUAAACACUCAAACAAAAAUGGAGUUUUGGAUACUGAAGUUGCUGCUGCCACAAUUUCUGCUUGUGCUCAUUCAACAUGCUGAUGCAAGCUCUAUCAUCAAAUAUCUUCCUGGCUUUGAAGGCCCUCUUCCUUUCCAGCUUGAAACUGGGUACAUUGGUGUUGGUGAGGCAGAGGAAGAUCAAAUGUUCUACUACUUCAUCAAAUCUGAGAGGAACCCUGAAGAAGACCCUCUUCUUGUCUGGUUAACUGGAGGACCUGGCUGCUCUUCUUUCUCUGGCCUUGUUUAUGAGAAUGGGCCUCUUGCUUUCAAAGUUGAGGCCUACGAUGGAAGUAUCCCCACUUUGGUCUCUACUACAUAUUCAUGGACUAAGGUGGCGAAUAUAAUUUACCUGGACCAGCCUGUUGGGACUGGCUUCUCCUACUCAAGAAAUCCCCUUGCUGAUAUACCAAGUGACACAGGAUCAGCUAAGCGGGUCGAUGAGUUUCUUCGUAAGUGGCUAGACAAGCAUCCUGAAUAUUUCUCAAAUCCUUUCUAUGUCACCGGGAACUCUUAUUCCGGUAAGGUAAUUCCGGCCAUUGUUCAAGAAAUCUCAAAUGGAAAUUAUAUAUGCUGCGAACCUCAAAUAAAUCUUCAGGGGUAUGUGCUCGGAAACCCGGUAACAAAUUUUGAUAUUGAUAAUAACACUCGCAUUCCAUUUGCUCACGGAAUGGCACUCAUCUCUGAUGAACUCUAUGAGUCAAUGAAGAAAAGAUGUGGAGGAAAUUAUUUUAACGUCGAUCCUCAAAACACAGAAUGCUUGGAACUCGUUAAAGACUACAAAAAGUCUGUUUCUAGAAUAUAUGAAGAACUUAUCCUACAAUCAAACUGUGACAAAACAUCUCCUGAUUGCUAUACUUAUUGGUAUUCGCUAUCUGAAUACUGGGCUAAUAACGAGAGCGUACGUAGAGCACUUAGAGUGGUGAAGGGGACUACAGGGGAAUGGGAUCGAUGUAACUGGAACGUGCAGUGUAAUCAAGACAUUAAAAGCAGCAUACCAUACCAUAUGAAUAACAGUAUCAAAGGCUAUCGAUCUCUCAUCCUCAGUGGUGAUCACGAUAUGACAAUCCCUUUUGUUGGAACUCAAGACUGGAUAAGGUCUCUAAACUUUUCCAUUGUUGAGAAAUGGAGGCCAUGGAUGGUAAAUGAUCAAGUCGCAGGAUAUACCAAGACUUAUGCUAAUAAGAUGACAUUUGCCACUGUAAAAGUAACUUUUUGUCCCAAAUUUUCAUUGGACAUAAAUGCAAAGCUUUUAUUUUUUAUAUCAAAUUUAUUGAUUGGUUAAUGUGUUUUGGCUUAUAUAGGGAGGUGGGCACACACUAUAGUAUAAACCAGUGGAGAGCUCAAUCUUGUUCGAGAGGUGGAUAAGUGGCCAACCUCUUUAAAUAUAGAAACUUUAAUCUUGUUAUCUCAUUAAUGUUGAAGCCGAAAGUGUUUGGUUUCUGGAUUCAUAGAGAGACAUGUUUUGUUAUUAUUGUGUUUUGAGUAAUUAUUUUCCUUAUUUUGGACCGUUUAAUCAAUUUGCUUUCAACAA